GGCCCGGAACUCCCGCCGGCUUUAAAUAGAGAGAGGAAGAGCGAGAUUGAAUCAGAAGACGUUGAUUAAAUUUUAGCAAACUAAUUAAUUCUUUUUUUUUCUUUUUUCUUUUUUCCAAUGCCCAUUCUUUGAUCUCCCUUCUUUUUCUUUGCUAGUCAAAUCUGCGGUUUACUUACAGUUGUUCUUGAUUUGUUUGUUCUCUUGAUUUCUUUUUUUUUUUUAAUUGAUAAUAAGCGGGAAGUAAACGCUGAGGACAGAUUCCAAUCGCUAAAGAAAGGCGGAUUUCGGUGUUGUCAAUGGAGCAGGGUGGUGGUGCCGGUGGCAACCGCCGUGUUAAGUUCGAGGCCGUCAAGGAGAUGGAGUCGCCGCGCUUCCGAGCCGUGCUCCGCGCCACCAGCGGCCGCCGGAAGCGGACAACCGAUGUCAAGAGUUUCUCCCAUGAGUUGAAUGGCAAAGGGAACCACCACCACCAGAUUCCCAUUCGUAAGCUUCGAGGCCUCAGCCCGGAGGAAGUAAUGAGCGUGAUUCGGUCAAAAUUUAAGAAAUUGAAAGAGGAGAUUAACGCAGAAUUGGGCAUAUUUGCUGGCGAUUUGGUUGGGAUUCUCGAAAAGGGCAAAAAUGAGCAUUCUGAGUGGCGGGAACCUUUGGAGGAUCUUCUGAUUCUUACUCAGAAAUGUGCCGAGAUGACACCGGAUGAGUUCUGGUCAUCUUGUGAGGGAAUAGUUCAGAAUGUGGAUGAUCGCCGCCAAGAAUUGCCAAUGGGCUUGCUCAAGCAAGUCCAUACCCGCAUUCUUUUUAUCCUCACCAGGUGCACUAGACUGAUUCAGUUCCAGAAAGAGGGGAUGUGUGGAGAACAAGAACAUAUUCUCGGGUUCCACCAACUGAGUGACCUGGGCUUUUACUCGGGAUCAGGAGACGGUCUCAAGAUCUCAUUGAGUGCCAAAGACAUGAAAGAGAGGAUUAUCAUGAAGAGGUUGCAAGACCAUAAAUAUUUUAAUCAAGAUGGUGGUCGGCACAUGGAUUCAUCCACCAGACCUAGGAUAUCAUCCUGGAAGAAGCUUCCCUCAUCUAAUGAGAAGAAUCAGAAAAAAAUUCACGAUGAGAAUGAUCAAUCCCCUCCAAAGAAAUUGCUAGAUCCAUUCUCACAAAUAGAUAUAACUAAGUUGGGAGCUUCUGGUGGUUCUUCUAAUAUUAGUUCUAAGAUUGAUGAUAGUUCAAAGCCACAGUUACCUAAGGAAGACGAUACUUCUGUAGAUGAUUCUGAAGUUCAACAACAUCAAAUUAUUGGAAAGCCAAAAAUGAUUUGUAGAAUAUGUGAUUAUGAAAUACCUACAAUAUAUGCGGAAGGUCAUUUUAGAGUUUGUACGAUGGCUGAUAAAUGUGAUUCAAAGGGCUUAACUCUUGAUGAGAGGCUGGAGAGAGUUGUGGAUGUUCUUGGGAAGAUUUUAUCAUCCAUUACACAGAAGGGCUCAGAUGGUGUAGAAGUUCAUAGUGAGGUUGUUAAAACUUGUGCUUCAUGUUCAGCUGAAGGGCAUGAUUGCCUGUCCCCUGGUCAGAAUAGAUUAUUCUGUCCAUCAUAUGCAGAUAUCUUGGAUAGGGAAAUCAUUGGCAAUCUUGUAGGAAAUAAUAUGAAUGAACUACAAGCAACUAUGAGCAAUUCAUAUAGUGUUUUAUCAUCUGGAAGCAUGACACCACAAUCACCACUAAUGACACCACGAACCAGCCAGAUUGAUUUUCUAUUGCUUGGUAUCAAGUCAUUUAUUGAUCAUGAAAAUGUUCAGCAGAUUGAGAGUCUAUUGGAUAUUGUUCGCGGCAUUGCAAAAAUGAAUACCUACAAUUACAGCUCCCUUGAGGAUUUGCACUCAUAUUUAGAAGAUUUGAACGCAGUCCUAGAUACCAGAAAGAUUGAUGCUCUUGUUGUUGAGACAUUUGGAAGAAGAAUUGCAAAACUAUUACAGGAGAAGUUUAUACAUCUAUGUGGUCAGAUAGAUGAUGGGAUUAAAGAUGUCUUGAAUGUGAUGGUAGAUGAAGAUGGUUCUGUAGGAAAUUCAAUAACCUUGGGAUCCAAGAUCAAGGAUCGAACUUCCAUCGAGGAUUUUGAAAUCAUAAAACCAAUAAGCAGAGGGGCAUUUGGACGAGUUUUCCUUGCGAGGAAAAGGAUUACAGGUGACAUUUUUGCAAUAAAGGUACUUAAAAAGUCUGAUAUGAUACGCAAGAAUGCAGUUGAAAGUAUUCUAGCUGAACGUGACAUCUUAAUAUCAGCUCGUAACCCUUUUGUGGUGCGCUUCUUCUACUCCUUCACAUGCAGGGAAAAUCUUUACCUUGUAAUGGAGUAUUUAAAUGGAGGGGAUUUAUAUUCCUUGUUAAGAAAUUUACAUUGUUUGGAUGACGAUAUGGCACGCACAUAUAUGGCUGAAUUAGUUCUGGCUUUGGAAUACUUGCACUCCAUGAAUGUAAUUCAUCGAGAUCUUAAGCCUGAUAACUUGUUAAUUGCUCGGAAUGGUCAUAUCAAGUUGACUGAUUUUGGGCUUUCUAAGGUUGGCCUUAUCAACAGCACUGAUGAUUUAUCAGGUCCAGAUGUAAGUGGAUCUGUCCUCUUAGAAAAUAAUGAAUCAAUGCCAGCAGAACAAAGGGCAUUAAAGCGGGAGCAAAGACAAAAACAAUCAGCUGUUGGAACUCCUGAUUAUUUAGCACCAGAGAUACUUCUAGGGAUGCAGCAUGGCCCAACUGCAGAUUGGUGGUCAAUGGGUGUCAUUCUUUUUGAACUUCUAGUAGGUAUUCCUCCAUUCAAUGCAGAACAUCCACAGAAAAUUUUUGACAACAUCAUGAAUCGGGAUAUACCCUGGCCACAAGUGCCUGAAGAGAUGAGCUUUGUAGCCUAUGAUUUGAUUGGCAAAUUGCUAAUUCAAAACCCAAGCCAACGACUUGGAGCAACUGGUGCUGGGGAGGUGAAGGCACAUCCAUUCUUCGAAAGCAUUAACUGGGACAUGCUCGCUUUGCAAAAGGUAGCAUUCAUCCCCUCACCUGAAGGCGAAGAGGACACAAGCUAUUUUGCUAGCCGGCAUCAAUGGAACCGAAGUAAUGAGCUGCUUGCGGCAGCAUCACAUGACUAUGAUGACGGAUCAGACACAUGCAGUAUGAGCUGCGGCAGCAGUCCUCACAGCUCCAGCCAGGAUGAAGAUGGAGAUGAAUGUGGCAGUAUGGCAGACUUUGGGCCAUCGCAUUCUGUGAAAUAUUCCUUCAGCAACUUUUCUUUCAAGAACUUGUCGCAACUGGCUUCAAUCAACUACGACCUGAUAACAAAAUGCAACUCUAGCAAAGAUUCAGCAGAAGCUUCUCAUCCCUGAGACCAAUUUUGCGUCAGCAACUCUUUUCAUUUCAUGUAACUUGUUUUGAAUUGUCAAGAGUCAGGCUGUCAAUGGUGGCUCCUAAUUAGUCCAUGCAAAAUAUUUGUGGAUGUGUAUAUAUAGCAGCAUGAGUGUGAGGAAUACAUAGAAGUUUAAUCCUGCCGACUCAGAUAUGAAACUUGUAGACGAGAUCAAACUGUAAUAUCAGUAAAGAAGUACUUGGUGCACCUUCUAUGAUAUAUGCCUUGUUGAAGGCCUUGGAAACCCAAUUUUGAGGUUCCUAGGCCACCUGUGAAUUGUAUUCAGCUUACAAAAUGAUUGAUUAUCCAUCACUUCACGUGAUCAUGCCUUCAGCUUACAAAAAUGGCCCCUGCCAAUUUCUGUUUGUUCAUCAAAAUGAUUGAUAAUCUUGUGAUGGUGAUUCAGUGGUGGUAAUUCAGCUUGGA